UUUAAUAUACGCGAGCAAUCUUCUUCUAAUUCCAUCUGCACACAAAGACAAAAUACUUAGAAAACCAAAAAAACAAAAAGCCUCUCGAAAAAUGUUUUCUCGUAGUUCAAGCUCGAUUACGUUCUUCUUCAUCGUCUCUUUCUUAGCCGUCUUAGUGAAUCCGGCGAUCUCUUCUCGGGCCUCCUCGUUCUUCACCAAGCACCCGCAGCAUUCUUCCAUCGCUUCCAACUGCGAGAGCUGGAGAUUGGCCUCCGAGACCAACAAUGCAGGAAGCUGGAAGGUGGUUCCGUCCAGAUGUGUUAACUCCGUUAAAAACUAUAUCACUGGAGGCCAGUUCGACAAUGAUUACAACAUCGUUGCUCGUUACGUCAUCGCCUAUGCUAAAAGGGUCAAGCUUGGCGGAGAUGGCAAGGACGCGUGGGUCUUUGAUAUCGAUGAGACGCUUCUCUCAAAUCUUGAGUACUACAAGGCUCAUGGUUACGGGUCUGAACCAUACGACGAUACUAAAUUCAAUGAGUGGGCGGUUCAAGGAAAAGCACCAGCUUUUGAUGCGAGCUUGAAGCUCUACAAAGCUCUCAAGAGACUUGGUUUCACUAUCAUUCUGCUAACCGGCAGAGAUGAAAGUCAAAGAAGUAUUACUGCGAAAAAUCUCCGGGACGCCGGUUAUUUCGGUUGGAACCGAUUUCUCUUGAGGGGUAAAAAUGAUCAAGGAAAAACAGCAACACAGUACAAAUCAGAGCAGAGAUCAAAAGUGGUUAAAGAAGGCUACAAAAUUCAUGGAAGUACCGGCGAUCAAUGGAGUGAUUUGCAAGGUUUUGCCGUGGCUGCUCGUUCCUUUAAAGUCCCAAAUCCGAUGUACUACAUUGCUUGAUCAUCGACUACUGGUAUGUUUAAAUGAUUUAGAAUUUAUGUAUGAAUAAGAAUUAUAUGAAAGUAUAUCGUAAUUCACCGAACAUAAGGACCGCUAAUUCUUAAUGUCUUAUGUACCAUGUUCUUAUUGA